AUGGCUUCCGUCUCGUCCACCGAGACUGGCGCAAUGACGGUCGAACCGCUGUCGGAGCAGAACGUCGCCCGGAUUCCUCACAUCCUCCCCCACGAGCGCGUGUUCCCCAUCCAGAUCGGGAGCGAGCUGUUUAAGCUGUCGGGUGCUUCCCUGUCCUCUGACGCACCGUCGUACUUUUCCCAGUACUUCCUGUGCCAGCUCAAAUCGGCAGAGGAGAGGGGCGACGAGACGGGCGCAGCGAUCCGGACCCUCUACAUCGACCGCGAUCCCGUCAUCUUCCGCGACAUCUCGCUGCACCUGCAGGGUUACCACGUCUCUCCGCGCGACGGCGAGCACUUUGUGCGACUCUUUUCAGAUGCGCAGUUCUACAGCCUGCCCAAGCUUAUCUCGCAGCUCUACGAAGAGAGCAUCUUUAUCUGCAUCGGCCACCGAGAGUUUCAGAUCCCCCGCGAGAUCUUCAACGACCCCGGGAACUCGCCCAACUUCUUCUCCCUCGGCUUCGCCGCCUUCUUCUCGCGCCCCGACGACCUGUUCCCUGGCCUCGACCGCGAGGGCCUCAUCCGCCCACCUUCGAUCCUCCCGCCUUCGGUCCCCAAGCGCAGCGCAAAGACGUUUGCAGAGUUGUUGCACCUCUUGCGCGGGUAUCCGAUUCAUAUCCGUGACGAGACGCACCGGCAAGAGUUGCUUCGCGAUGCUCGAUACUUUCACUUCAAGGGUCUUGAGCAGCGCCUCAUCCCUCACUCCAUUAGCUACAACCAGGCGAGGCGGCGCGAUGAGAUUGUCCUGCGUCUCGAAAAUGUCCAAAAGAGCGGCAUAAGCGUCUUUCUCGAGGGGCCCGACCCCGUGUCUGGAUGGGUGCAGUACGCCCGGCCGUAUGUCGACGAGAAGCCGGCCGAGUUGGUGCUUGAGAUCGGCGGUGAGAUGACAAAGAUUCACUUUACAGGGGGGAUUCCUAGGGCCGAGUUCUUCAAGGAUACAAAGGCUCGUGUCGCCAAGCUGUUUGAGGUUAUCUCCACCAAGCUUAACCUGCCCCCGACAACUCAACCCCUUGGCCUCCUCAUGGCCACAGGCGGAGCUGGCUCUCAACCGGCGACUCCUGGAAAUACACCUCUGAGCGAGGACCUCGUCCGUGUGAUAUUGGACUCAGACUCUGCCAUCAUCCUUGAUGGCAAGGAGCACGUCGAAGAGCCUGCCGCGGCCUCGACCGUGGACUCGCCCGCGAGCGGUACCCUAUCCAACCCGCGAAAACGAAGGCGAGCCGAUGGUAGUGUUGGGGAGGAGGAAUGGGUGGUAAAGACCGGUCAAUGGAGACUCAAGAUCCAGCCCUCGAAGAAUGGCAAGAGUGGUGUUGAGUGCGUCCUUGUUGCAGCCAAGCUCGACGCCGUGAGUUCGCAGCUGGCACGCAACAUGGCUAGGGGAUUCCUGGGAGGUUAA